CGGCACACAAUCAAUAACUACAAUUGGCAAUUGUCCUCACAUUUAUACGCACCAUGGAUCCCUUUUCGGCAGAAGGUGAACUCAUCAACAUUCACAAUGCCUUCCAUCAAGGUCAAUACCAAGAGGUAAUUGACCUCGACACAUCGGCCCUCUCCUCCGAGAACCACCUUCCAGCUCGCACUCUACAACUCCGUGCCAAAAUUGCCCUAGGCCAGACCGACCAGGUCCUCUCCGAUGUCGACGGCGAAGAAGACACCCCCGACCUUGCUGCAGUGAAGGCCCUGGCUCAGCAGACAGCCGGCGAUAGCGAGUCCGCCCUCCAGCUCGUACAGGACCUGGCCGAGAACUACCCUGAUAAUGCUACCGUGCAGGUACUGGGCGGGACAGUACUGCAGGCACAAGGACUGGGCGAGGAGGCUUUGGCUUUGUUGACGAAGCACCAAGGGAAUCUUGAAGCUGUUGCCCUGAUCGUUCAGAUUCAUCUUCAGCAGAAUCGUUCCGAUCUCGCCCUCAAGGAGGUACAAGCUGCCAAGCGCUGGGCUCAGGAUUCCCUCCUUGUUAAUUUGGCCGAGUCGUGGGUUGGUUUGAGAGUUGGCGGCGAAAAGUACCAGUCUGCUUUCUAUGUUUUUGAAGAACUGGCUGCUGCGCCUAGUACAUCUGCUCCGCUCUCAAUUGUCGGUCAGGCCGUGGCUGAAAUCCACCUUGGCCGGUUACCGGAAGCCGAAGCUGCGCUGAACAGUGCGCUCGAGAAGUACCCGGAGGACACCGAGCUCAUCGCCAACAGCAUUGUGCUGAAUGUGUUGGCUGGAAAGCCGACGGAGGAGUUGGAGACACGUUUACAGAAAGCACAGCCAUCGCAUGCUCUCUUGGCUGAUAUUCAAGAGAAGAGCGCGUUUUUCGAUACCGCUGCUGCGAAGUAUGCGCCUAGAGUGUCAUCUUAGAUUCCUUUUCACUUUUCUUGUUUAAUAAUUCUCCUAUGUACGGUUUCUAUUUUCUUUUCUUCAUGCGCCUUGUCCGAUAGGGUGUUUUGUUCCCUUGAUGAUUCAUAUGACAGGCGUAGCUAUUGUAUUCUACCAGGUAUUGCCGACCACCGCUGCCUUGAUUCCAGUCCAUUUGCUAUCGUCCCAGUUGUGGAAAUCUGAUUUCAUGAUAAACA